AUGUCUACCGUCCAAUCUAAAGAUACUGUCAAGCUCAUUCUGCAGUUCCUGCGUGAAAAUAAUCUUCAUCGCACACUUCAAGCACUCGAGGAUGAGUCUUCUGUCACGCUAAACACCGUUGACAGUAAAGAAGGCUUGAUGAAUGACAUUAAAAAUGGAAAAUGGGAUGUGGUUCUCAAACAGAUCAUUAGUCUUAGUAUACCUCCCCCACAACUUGUGGAUCUUUAUGAACAAAUUAUAAUUGAACUAGUUGAUCUAAACGAAAAAGGAACUGCUCGAGCUUUGAUGAAGAGGACUGAUGCUAUGCGAUGGAUGAAAGAGAACCAAACAGAUCGUUAUAUCCAAUUGGAACAGAUUUUUGUACAACCAAAGGACAUGUAUGGCCAAGAAACCAAAGAAGCAAGGCGCAAUAGAAUUGCUCAAGAACUUGUAUCUCAUAUUUCGACUGUGCCUCCUUCACGUCUGUUGACAUUGCUUGGACAGUCCUUGAAAUGGCAACAACAACAAGGUCUAUUACAACCUAAUACAGCAUACGAUCUUUUCCGUGGUGUUUCUCAUGUACAAAAGGCAGAAGAGGACGCUUCUGUAACCAAACCUUACCUGUCUAUCAAGUUCCCAGGAAAAAAGACUUUUGCAGAAUGCGCAGUGUUUUCACCAAAUGGCCAAUAUAUAGCCACUGGAACUGUAGAUGGGUUUAUUGAAAUUUGGAAUUAUUUGACGGGAAAACUGCGUAAAGAUCUUUCAUAUCAAGCAGAGGAUUCACUGAUGGCAAUGGACAAUGCGGUUCUGUGUCUAGCCUUUAGUCAAGAUAGCGAACUUCUUGUGUCUGGAUCUACAGAUGGAAAAAUCACGGUGUGGAAGGUCCAGACAGGUAUCUCCCAGCGAAGAUUAUCUCCUGCACAUAGUCAAGGCGUGACCUCUGUAUGUUUCAAUAAGGAUGGUACACAGGUCUUAAGUGGAAGUUAUGAUCAUACAGUCAAGAUUCACGGCUUGAAAUCUGGAAAAACACUUAAAGAGUUCCGUGGUCAUUCUUCGUUUGUAAAUGCAGUAGCCUUUUCGAGUGAUUAUACUCGCGUACUAAGCGCAAGCAGUGAUGGAACUGUAAAGAUCUGGGAUACAAAGACCACAUCUUGCCUCCACACGGUCACUCCGAAGACCAAUGCCGAUCUUUCAAAAGGAGCAUUGAACCCGGUAGGCGGCAUUGGUAGUCAGACGGUCCAGUCUAUUGUUAGAGUUCCUAGGAACAUGGAUCAAGUCCUUAUAUGUGUCAAGAGCAACACUUUGUACAUCAUGACGAUGCGGGGACAGAUCACAAAGUCUUACUCACACCAUAAAAAGACUGGCUCAGAUUUUGUCAGUGCAGCCAUGUCCCCCCAAGGCGAAUUUGUAUAUGGCGUAGGAGAGGAUAGUUCCCUGUAUUGCUUUCAGACCACAACAGGAAAUCUUUUGGGAGAGACAAAAAUUGGAGACGCAGAGGUGAUUGGCUUGGUUGGUCACCCAUUCUCAAAUGUGUUGGCUUCAUAUGACGAGAGCGGCCAUGUAUACUUCCUCAAAGCAUAAUGAUUAAUGUUUCUUUUUAUUAUUAUUAUUAUUAUUAUUAUUAUUAUUAUUAUUAUAAUAUUUACAUCAAGGGACAUUUAUUCCCCCCUUAUUCUUUCUUGCUCUCUUAUUUAAUUUAAUGGCCUUCUAAUCGAAUCUGUCCUCUACGCCCACCACUCCAUCGUGGAACAGCUCUGCCAAUUCCACGUGCAUGUUGUAUCCAUUUAUGUAGACUUAUAGACGUUCGAUAUACCCAUCGAGCGAAAUCACUUAGUCCACAUCGGGUAUUCGUCUCCAGAUAAAGCUCCAAACUAAAGCACGUCAAACUGAUAGCAGCGUAGAACAUUUGGUUUGCUCCAUAUCGAUCGUACAACAUUCCACCCAUUAGGCUGCCCAUACCAGCACCUACACCAGCAUACAUAGCCGCCAAUACACCUUGAGAUGUUGCCUGAAGAGAUGGAGGAGCAAGCUCAUCCGCUUGUACGACACCUGCACCCCACAAUGCAGAGAAUGCAAUGCCAUUCAACAGGUGAAGACCAAGAGCGAUAGUAGCUCCGGUGGGUCCUUUGGGGAGGAUUGUAUAUGCAAACACACGUACAAUGGUAAGAACGUGACCGAGGAUUAUAAGACUCUUGAUACCGAAUAAGCGUAUCACAUCUCGGGAAUAAAAGAAG